CAGAAGUUGGCUUCUUUUAAAACCAAGCCAUCACACGCCUCUCGCUGCAGAACACUUGCUUAGCUGAAGAGAGAGAGAGAGACAGAGAGAGAAUGGCGCCUUCUUACUGUGUGAGGGAGAGAAAGCCAUGUGUGCCCUGGGUUGAGAAGUACUUCAAGGACUGCCUCUGUAAUCUCAAAGACGACUUCUCCUUCUCUUUCGGCCUCAUCAGUCUCGUAUGCUGGGGGGUCGCAGAAAUUCCUCAGAUAAUCACCAACUUUCACACCAAGUCCAGCCAUGGCGUUUCCCUUGCCUUUCUCCUCACUUGGGUCGCUGGAGAUAUAUUCAAUCUGGUGGGCUGUCUUCUGGAGCCAGCCACGCUGCCCACUCAGUUAUAUACAGCUCUGCUGUAUACAAUAACUACCAUUGUAUUAGUUCUGCAAAGCCUGUACUAUGAUUACAUCUACAGAUGGGGCAGACGAGGUCGUCAAAAAAUCAAUAACCGAGAGGAUGAUGAAGAAGAGAAAAAACCAUUGAGAUCGAAACCAAGACACGAGCCUGGAGUUCCCAUACCAAAUGGCGCACACAAAACAUCGUCCCCAGCCCCUCGAAGAGAGAUGUUCUAUUAUACGUCGGCGAGAUCGCUGGCCGGGAGUGGCACUCCACCUUUUCGCACCUACAUGCGGGUGGCUAAGAGUGGCCCUUCCGCCCUGGAAUUGAACUCCGACUCCUCCUCUGACGAUGAGGCUCCUCCGUCUUCCUCCAUCAACUCUCCUUCCCAACCUCGACCAAUCCCUCGCUCCUUCGCUGGAGGUUACGGAACAUUUUUAGCAGCAUCGCUGAACCUGCCUACGCAGGGCAAUGCUUUAGCAUUCACUGCAAGGAAACUCUUACAGGAGCACGAGGCGCACAGUACUUUUGGUCAAUGGCUGGGAUGGCUCAUGGCCGCUAUAUAUAUGGGAGGCCGACUCCCUCAAAUAUGGUUGAAUAUUAAAAGAGGGAGUGUGGAGGGCUUAAACCCUCUCAUGUUCGUCUUUGCCUUGAUUGCCAAUGUUACCUAUGUGGCCAGUAUUCUUGUACGAACUAUUGAGUGGGACAGCAUCAGAGCGAAUAUGCCAUGGUUGUUGGAUGCUGUAGUUUGCGUGGCUCUGGACCUAUUUAUAAUAGUGCAGUACAUAUAUUACAGAUACAUCCGAAAGAGAUGGAGAAGGGAAGAGAAUGAUGGAGACUACAAAGAAGCAAGAAAAGGCGAUGCAUCAUGAUUGACGCUUGAAGAAAGGAGCUACUCAAGUCGGAAUCACCAGAAGGCUUGUAUAAGCUUUUUCUCCACCGACACGGACGACACAUGUCGCUGUAUUCCUCCUACCUCUACUGCGAAUUGUAAUCUUAAAUGUGUCAAACAGUGAUACAUAACCCUAGUUGGGCGGCUCGUGAAAUGUUAGCCGUUCACGAUUCUUCGAGAUGCGCCGUGGCUCUGCUCUGAACAAUUAAUUUAAAAAAAAAAAA